UUGCAUUUUUCGGUCGGGUUUUAGUGCCGGUCAGCUAGGCCAUGGUUUUGGGCUAGCCUUUACCCAGCGAUGGUAGAUAUCACCCAUCCAUGGGUAAGUGAUCCCGGGAUUCCAGAAUCAUUCCAUCCAGCAAUGGGAGAUAUUACCCAGCGAUGGGUAAGCAGCCUUUAGCCCAACUGAUUUCCAGAACCAUGCCAAACAGCGAUGGGAAGUUCUACCCAUCGCUGUUUAAGCCUUGGUCCAACAUUUUCACAAGGCAGAAUGCCCUUACCCAGCGACGGGAACCUUUACCCAUCGACGGGAACCCAGCGAUGGGAGGGCAUACCCAUGGCUGGGAAGCUUGUUUCCCUUGGUUGUACGAAGGAAAGGAGAAGCGCACCCGCUUUCUCACUUUCUUCUCUAAACGGGUUUUGGCUCCCCAACGGAUCGUCCCGGAGCGCUUCCCGGAGCUGCAGGGCUACGACGACCUCGACGCGCAGCUUCAUCAAGCCAGCCUUUGGCCAUUCGUCUCCCGGGCUCAGAAGGAGAUCAACUCGGCGCUGAUUCGGGUCUUCUACUCCAACCUCCGGCGUGAGGGCGACGUGCUCUACUCUCUUGUUAAGAGCACGCCGAUAGAGCUUUCCGUUGAGCAGUUUGGCCGCAUCGCCGGCCUCCCCUACCAAGGUGACGACGUCUCCCAAUAUGGCGGAGAGGACUGGGUGCUCAACAAAGAGGGCCUUAUCCUCACUGAGCUUAUCCGCCAUGCCUCGGGCCGCCCCACCAUCCACUCCGCAAACCCCGAGAGCUGGCUUCUUCUCUACAUCGUGUCCCGAAUCAUCAAGCCUCGGAAGCAUGGGCACACGAUCAUGUCCGGUGAGGACCUCAAGCUCAUCCAUGCGAUCAUGUACUCGGCGCCAAUCAAUUGGGCGAAGUUUGUCAUGAUCAACAUGACGAUUGCCGCAUCCACCGACCACGAUCACCUCCUCCCGUACCCGUUCGUGGUGAUGGACAUCCUUGAACGGUUCAAGGUGACCACCACCGUUGGCCUACUCACGAAGGCCACGAAGAUUUGGGCGAUCAGCACCCAGACCUUCAAAAAGCGGUCGGACAACGCCGGACCUGCCACUACAUCUGCCGCGCCACGGCGUCGUUCAGCUACUGGCCCAGCCGAACCCCAGGCCCGGGCCAACCUCGCCUCUUCUCAUCAGGUAACCAACUUCCAUUUCCAUAGCUCUUCUAUUUCUAGUCUUCCGGAUGAGGUACCGGAAACCUGGACAAAGAAGGUCCAAGGGUUGAUUGAAUCAGCCCUAGCAUCUCAACAUGCCUCCUUUAGGCAAGAUAUAGAGCAGAUGGAAGCCAGGUACAACAAACUGAUUGAGAAAUCCGAAGAGACACACUGCUCCAAUCUCAAGGAGAUAAGCAAGUCAGUGGAUAAGACUCUAGAGAUCAUUUCUCUAUUGAGUAACACUGUGAGCAACACGAUGGAGACAUAUGCAUCUGACAUUUAUCUUCAACUCAAGGAGGUUAACAAAAUCAGAGAGCAAAUAGCAAAUGUCACAGUUAGUCUACAAAAACAAAUGUCUCUUCUCCAAAUGGACAUCAGAGCACCUCUGGCAGUGUCUUCAGCAAAUCAAGUAGUAACCAAAGACUACUUGAAGGUAAUAAUUGACAAUCAGAAGGAAGCACACAAACUAUUCAGACUUCUUACCACAAAUUCUGGAAAUCGCAAGAUGGAAGUGGUUCUUCAACAACACAGUCCAUCCUUGAUUCCAGAGCUCCCUAUUGCAGUCAAAGAAAGAGAAGUCUCUUAUAUUCCUACGCAUCUGAACUUGACUGAUCUAAUCCUUGACGCUCAGAGAAGUAAUCCGGAAAACUCAACACAGCACCUAUCCAACUCAGGAUUGGAUGGAACAGAGGCUGUAGGAACAAUUGCUGCUCACUUCUCAAAUGAAAACCAAACAGAGGAGAGACGCAACAACAUAAGGCGCAUCAAAGAACUAUGUGGAAACAUGCAAGGCAUCAGGGAGAUUGCUGGAUCUUCAAAGCGCAAGAAGCACUAAAGGUUUUUUUUCAUCAAACCAGGGGGAAAGUAUGUGAAAACAUUAAUUUGCUUUGAUGAAAACACCUUCUUGUUUAAACAUUGCUUGAUUGGUUUAAACAUUGCUUUAAUAUUUCUCUUAAUUGUGCUUACUAUGCUUGAUUUUGCCUAUUUCAAGUAUGAUUUUGAGAUUUAUUCCUAGCGCAUACAUUCAGGGGGAACUUAACUAGUUUUUG